GGCUCGUACCUCAUUGAUUUUAGCGUCGGGUCAUGCACCGCGAGCUGCGCAGGGAGAGAGAGCUUGGCCGAUGCCGCGUGCCUCUCUUCGCCGAGGCCUGAGUCAUGAGAGCGGCUCACUUGCAGAAGCUGAAUCAUCUGGCCACAGCGAUUCCUCCGAUGUCUUCGCCGACAUGUGGGGCGCCUUUGCGGGCUUUAGCAGACCGGAGAGGACGCCGAGGAACUUGCAGCACUGGGUGGAUCGCACCAUGGACAGCUCUGACUCACGUGAGUCGGGCUCUGUGCAAAAGCAUUCCAGCUCCAACUCAGACGACAAGACAGGUGGCCAUGGAGACAAUCCCAGUGCAAAUCCGCCGAACCCUUCGUUGCGUCCGCCAGCUCCAACCUUGCGACCUUCACAAGAGCCAGCGCGAAAAGAUCGAGAGCCGCCGGGCGUGGCAUUCUCGUCCGUGGGCUCGAGAUUUCACAGCCAAGGAAGGUGCAUGCCGUGCCGCUUCGUCUCGUUGCCGGAUGGCUGUCGCAAUGGCGUGGAGUGCGGUUUUUGCCACGACGUGGAGCAUGAGACCGACGCGAACAGUGCCCAGCGCCCGCCAAAAGGCGUCCGCUCUGGCUAUAAGAAGUCUGUGAACCAGGUCUUGGAGUCCGACCUGUCAGAGGAGGACAAACGGCAGGCCUUGAAGCAACUGGCCCUAAAAAGCCCCUACAUCAAGGCGCUAGUAAGAAAGGCAAUGCCGGACUUGGUUGACGAGGACGCGAAAUCCCAGAGCGGUGCGAUGCCGCGCACUCCUGGGUUACAGCCGUCAACGCGGCUGUCCUUGUAAGCGCUGCAGAUAAGUAGCUCGGUGGACGCUUUAGUUCACAAGAACGUGACGUGGCAGUGGCAGUUGGAAUUCCC